AUGAAUCGCUCAAGGGUAGCUGAGGAUAGUUAUCUCAAUUUAGCAGUUCCCUCUCAAGAAAUUGCAGUCUCUGUUGUUAUAUUGUUAGCAAUCGCUAUUACUGUGGGAACUGUUGGCAACUUUGGAGUUUGCGUAAUCCUUGCAAGAAGAAGAGACCUCCGAUACGUUCCACAUCAGUUACUCGCAAGCCUCUCCUUAAAUGGUCUUCUUUCUUCUCUAAUAUCAGUGCCCGCGAUCUUAGGAAUGGCGGCGGUGAACUAUUUUCCAGGGAUUGGUAACGUUUCGUUGGACAUAUUAUGCAAAAUCGGAUACUCUUCCUCCAUGGGUUUUACCGUAAUCAACGCUUCAACUUUGUCCAUGAUGGCCAUUGAUCGGCAGGAUUGUGUUAUAUUUCCCUUGAAGCGACGUUUGUCACCAACGAAUGUUAAAAGAGUGAUUUUCGUCACUUGGGUAGCAGGAUUUCUGUUUGCUCUUCUCCACGGUUUAAUACUACGCAAGGAGUCUUCUGUCUGCUCAAGAAUGGACCCUUACAAUUCCAUUGUCACCAUUCCUGACAACCAUAUCAUU